ACUACAUACAAACUGCCCCUCAUAGGAGGACACAAUAAUUUGUUCUGCUACAGAAGAAGAAGUUCAACGUCGAUACCAUCCGCUCGUCGUGAAUUUAACAAAUUCUAGUUAUCGUCCCUUGUCAGUGUCUGAAAAAUCCCUAUCCUGAUCGCUGCCUGCUAUCUUCGUCAAAAGGCGGACGAACUUCCAGUGUGGUCUUAUUUGUUGUGCUGUGCAAAAAUUCGCGAGCCGUGCGUGUAUGGCCGUACGUCCAACGUUUUACAUGAACCGUGUAGUUUGGGAGAUUGAUUGUCAGCUGAGUGUAAAAAAAAGAUUGUCCAAUUGCUCGUGAAAGCCAGUAUUUCGCUUAACCGUCGACGGCAUCUCUUGUUUGUUCAUAAGUGGCCCUCCUGCAAAGGACCAACAGGGAGAACUGCUGGCCUACUGAGUGAUACGAGAACCUUCUGGAUAAACGAAAAAAUUAGCUGAAUUACAUCCAUCGGUAGGGGUUCCAAAGUUUUCCAACCAUUGUUAAUACGAGUAUCCUCUGCAGCGUGAGCACACAGCGCCCUAGUUAAGUGAUAUAUGUGCGAAUGUGUCCGUGAUACAGUGUAGUGGACGGUGCAAGUGUGUUGUAUAAUAAUCAGUGUAGUAGGGACAUAUUGCUGGUGAAACUAUCACGUUCAGAAUCUUGAAACAGUGUCAAGUUUUUCUUGCCAUCGCGUAAGGAAAAGAAGAACGAAACCAUCAGUUUAGCCGUGUGUGUGUGUGUGUGUGUGUGUGUGUGUGUGCUGAUAUAAGCUGCUGACGACAAGUGCUUGCUCUGGUGGAGAUAGCAAGGCGGAGGAGAGAAGGAAAUAAAUUUUGAGACGCAACGUUAAUAUAAAAAUCUUCCACCAUUUUCUCCAAAGGCGAAAACAUGGCAUUUGCGGGCCUUAAAAAGCAAAUUAAUAAAGCAAAUCAGUAUGUCACUGAAAAGAUGGGAGGUGCUGAAGGCACCAAGCUGGACUUGGAUUUCAUGGAGAUGGAGCGCAAAACGGAUGUCACCGUCGAGCUAGUCGAAGAGUUGCAAGCCAAGACCAAAGAGUACUUGCAACCGAAUCCGACAGCUAGAGCAAAGAUGGCAGCGGUCAAAGGUAUUUCUAAAUUAUCAGGUCAGGCUAAAAGUAAUACUUAUCCACAACCAGAAGGUAUAUUGGCUGACUGUAUGCUGACGUAUGGUAAAAAGCUUGGUGAGGACAGUAUUUUUGCGUCGGCGUUGGUCGAAAUGGGCGACUCGCUCAAGCAGAUGGCUGACGUGAAGUAUUCGCUUGAUGACAACAUUAAACAAAACUUCCUCGAACCGCUCCAUCAGCUACAGACGAAGGAUUUGAAGGAAGUGAUGCAUCACCGUAAAAAACUACAAGGCAGACGUCUUGAUUUCGAUUGUAAGAAGAGGCGACAAGCCAAGGGUUCUCAAAUUACAGACGAUGAAAUCAGGAGCGCUGAGGAGAAAUUUGCCGAAUCGCUACAGCUUGCACAGGUUGGAAUGUAUAAUCUGUUGGAGAAUGAUGUUGAGCAGGUCUCCCAGCUGGUAACAUUUGCCGAGGGAAUGCUCGAUUAUCACUCUCAAUGUUCUGAGAUAUUGAAAGUAUUGGUGGAAACGCUGAACGAAAAGCGCGAGGAAGCUGCAGCAAGACCAAAGUCUGAAUUUGUACCCAAGACGCUUGCCGAUUUGAACAUCGAAAUGCUCGGUUCGCAGGAUGGAAUGAACGGCGGUUCAUCCUCUCAUCUCAGUUCGCCGGUCAAUAAACCGACACAUCUGGAACUGUUGGGAAAUGGUCAAGCACAGGCGCGUUCUACUAAUGCUUCGCCAUUGCCGUCUCCGAUGCGUUCUCCCGCAAGAACACCGAUGCCAACAAAGCCCACACAGCCAUGCUGCACAGCAUUGUAUGACUUUGAGCCAGAGAACCCGGGGGAAUUGGGUUUCAAGGAAAACGAUGUCAUUACUCUAAUCCAGCGCGUGGAUGAAAACUGGUUCGAGGGUAGCUUGAAUGGACGAAACGGCUAUUUCCCCCAGUCGUAUGUACAGGUGACCGUGCCACUGCCCAGUAAUUAAGCCAGCAUACAGCAAGGACCUACAAAUGAUGUUACUACUCUAAACGAACGUAGAACGUAAAUGUAUGAAAAACAACAACAGCAAAAACAAAACGCAAACAACUAAUUAAAAAAGAUGCAAAGCAGAGCAGUCAAACGUAAAAGGGGGCCGAUGUGCAAGAGCGACAGAGAGAUCAACUCAAGCAGAGUUGAAUUGGUCAAGAACUGAAGAAGAAAGCCUAUGCUGUGCUUAACAACCAACGCAUGGGCUGAGAUGAAGACAGACAUCUGAAUAGCUAGCGCCAAAUCGUUAACCCAAAACUAAAACAAACAAACAAAAAACAUUUAUAAUCUAUUAACUCCUCUCCUCCGACACUUGAAGUCUCCAAACCUAUGAUUACUAGUUUACAUUCGGAUAAAAUGAAGCACUGAAAACGAAGAAGACGAAAAAAAUACGUUCCUCAAUGACUCUUCUAAAUUGAAAUUGAGAUUACCAAAUCAUAAUGACACGUUAUGGAUCGAAUUAAAUCGAAGCCCACGUCAUUAUAGAUAUGUUGCUAGCCAGCGAACAUUUUACUAUCUUACAAAUACUAACGAACACGUUGCACACCCUCCUUUCUGGAGGAACUUUUAAUCGAACAAACGUUCUGUUUCAGCAAACAAUAACUUUUAAAAGCAUAUUCGCGGAGGCAUCAUCACGGUUUAUCUUGUUUAAUUUGUACUAUUGCAAUUAUUUUACCCAUGUUAUGUUGUUGCUCCACGCAGUGAUUUUAAUUUUAUAGCAGAUUCAUGAUUCAAUUACUAUAUCUGAUCACUUUCUGUGUAAAAGAGUAUCAAUCGAAUAAAGAUAGGUUUUGGUUUGGGAAUGAGAAAUCGUGUAGGGAAA